GUGGGCAGUACUGAGGGAGUUAGUUCAUACAAUACUACUGAGACAGCUACAGCUUAGCAGAAAGAUACGGUGAACCGCCUCUCCCGGCUCCUGUAAGUGAUGCUACAUUGGUGGCACAAUUUUUUUUCCCCAACUCGUUUUGGGCGGACUGUGCGCACACUGUGCCCGCUCGCCGCUCUCCAUCGCGCUCUGAGCGUGUACACGUCUCGACUUCAUCAAAAAAGUGAAAAAAAAAAAUACAUUCAGUAAUCAGUUUUCUUGCCAUGAUGCACGUUUUUGUACACUUGGAUUGAGCUUUUUUUGCGCGCGCCUCGGUCACCAAACCACAGCACACGUUGCACUGUAGUCCGAUGCCGGUGAUGUUCAACAUCCACAGAGCAAGGUAGGAUGAUGAUGGUUUAUAAUGCGGGUAGUAAGUUAGAAACCGGGACUCACGACGUUGUGUAAACGGAGCUUGGACCAAUGCGCAUCUCCGCCGUCGGAUCACACAGUUCCCCAACUCCAGCACAAGAGGAAUUAUCAGCACAUCGCUUUAAAACAAAGUUAUUUGCUUACACUUUUUCUUUUUCUUUCCGCUGAACAUCCAGGACUGAGAAUGGUGUCACAUGGAUAAGUUUUGGUAGUGGAUUUCGUCGUCUUCAUCGCGUUUUGCUCUGUGGACGUGGAUCCCCUCCUCAUUCACUCCACUUCAUGGAACUUCAUCUGGUAGAUCAAUGAUGACGCGACGUGACCGGACUUGCGAUUGAUUUGUCUUCAAAUUCGAGUGGAAAAGGAUCACCGCCACUGGAACGUGAACCCCCCAUUCCCCUCCACCCCUCCACUCUUUGAGUAUGGACUUAGUGAGCCCGGCCCAUGUGCUGCUGGUCUUGGUGUCCAGCCUGGUGUUGGCAUGCCUGGCCCAGGAGAAGGACUACACUGUGAAGGAGGAGCAGCCCGAGAACGUCCGCAUCGGGAACCUGCGGCGGGACCUCGACCUCAACCUGGACCCGGCCGUGCGGCUCUCCUCCCCGCUGCAGUUCAAGCCCGUGUACAAGACGGGCGACGUGCCGCUGGUGCGCGUGGAGGCCAACACGGGCGAGAUCUUCACCACCAACCACCGCAUCGACCGCGAGAAGCUGUGCUCGGGCGUGUUCGCCGAGAAGCGCUGCUACUACGAGAUCGAGGUGGCCGUGCUGCCCGAUGAGAUCUUCCGCCUGGUGAAGAUCCGCUUCCUGAUCGAGGACGUGAACGACAACGCGCCGCUCUUCCAGUCCACCGUCAUCAACAUCUCCAUCCCCGAGAACACGGCCAUCAACACUCGCUACCCGGUGCCCUCGGCCUUCGACCCCGACGUGGGCCUCAAUGGGAUCCAGCACUACGAGCUGGUCAAGAGCGUGAGUGAGUUUGGCCUUGACAUCAUCGAGACCCCUGAAGGCGAUAAGUGGCCCCAGCUCAUCGUUCAGCAGAACCUGGACCGCGAGCAGAAGGACACCUUCGUCAUGAAGAUCAAGGUGGAAGACGGUGGCAACCCUCCAAAGUCCAGCACCGCAAUCCUCCAGGUCACCAUCUCUGACGUCAACGACAACCGGCCCAUCUUCAAGGACAGCGAGCUGGAGGUCAACAUCCCGGAGAACGCGCCCAUCGGGACAUCCGUGGCACAGCUCCACGCCACCGACGCCGACCUGGGCUCCAACGCCCAGAUCCACUUCUCUUUCAGCAACCAGAUGUCUGCGGCCACCAAACGCCACUUUGCCAUCGACGGCUCCUCGGGUAUGGUCACCGUCAAGCAGCCAUUGGACCGUGAGGUGACGCCGGUCCACAAGCUGAUUGUUCUCGCCAGCGAUGGCAGCUCCACCCCCUCAAGAUCCACGGUGACUGUAAACGUAACGGAUGUUAACGACAAUGUGCCCUCGAUAGACAUCCGCUACAUAAUUAACCAGGUUAAUGGGACCAUUGUGCUGUCUGAAAAUGCUCCUCUCAACAACAAAAUAGCCCUCAUUACAGUCACAGACAAGGACGCAGAUCUUUACGGCAAAGUAGCCUGUUACACUGACCACGAUGUCCCUUUUCGGUUGAAACCAGUCUUUAAUGACCAGUUCUUACUGGAAACGGCAGCCCCACUAGACUACGAGACAACACGGGAAUAUGCAAUUAGGAUAGUUGCCUCGGAUAGAGGAACGCCGCCACUGAACACUUCAGCCAUGGUUCUAAUUAAAAUCAAGGAUGAGAAUGACAAUGCACCUAUCUUCCCCCAACCGGAGAUCCAACUUUCCAUACCGGAGAACAAUGACCCAUCAACACAGUUAAUAAAAAUCAGUGCCACCGACGCUGACAGUGGGCAUAAUGCUGAGAUUAUUUAUACUCUUGGCCCCGAUGCGCCUGACGGGUUUAACAUAGACAGACGAACUGGGAUCCUCUCCGUUGGCAAGCGGCUUGACAGAGAGAAGCAGGAGAGGUACUCGUUCACUGUGGUGGCACGGGACAAUGGCUCCACGUCUCUGCAGAGCAAUGUCACAGUCAGGCUAAUCGUGCAAGACCUCAAUGACAACAGCCCUGCGUUCACACACCCCGAGUACAACUUCUAUGUGCCCGAGAACCUGCCUCUCUACGGAACCGUCGGCUUAAUCACAGUCACGGACGCGGAUGCGGGGGAUAAUGCUGUUAUAACCUUGUCCAUUUUGAAUGGGAAAGAUAACUUCCUCAUCGACCCUGUAACCAGCGUGAUCAAACCCAACAUCACAUUCGACAGGGAACAGCAAAGCUCUUACACAUUUAUGGUGAAGGCAGUCGAUGGUGGCCAGCCGCCCACCACCUCCUAUGCCAAGGUCACGAUCAAUGUGGUGGAUGUGAAUGACAAUCGCCCCGUUUUUGUCAUCCCUUCCUCCAAUUACUCCUAUGACCUUGUCCAGACUUCAACCAACCCCGGUGCAGUGGUCACCAGAGUGUUUGCCAUUGACAAUGACACAGGUAUGAAUGCUGAGCUUCAUUACAGCAUUAUCAGCAGCAUCAUCAUAACCUCCAGGGUCUCCCCUAGGGGCCUCUUUGCCAUAGACAAGGCUACAGGGAAUAUCACCCUACAGGAGAAAAUAGUGGCAGCUGAUCACGGGCUGCAUAGGCUUGUGAUUAGGGUCAAAGACCUGGGCCAGCCUGAGUCCUUUCACGCCAUCGCACUCAUUCACCUGUUUGUAAACGACACUGUCUCUAAUGCCACCUAUAUUCAAGAGCAGCUACGGAAAAGUAUGGAGACACCUUUGGACCGUAACGUUGGAGACAAUGAAGUGACGCCCCAAGCCAGUGGAUACGUGAUCGUUGUCAUAGCGAUAAUCGCCGGAACCAUGACUGUCAUCCUGGUGAUAUUUGUGACGGCCUUGGUGCGCUGCCGGCAGACGCCGAGGCACAAAGUCGUCCAGAAGGGGAAGCAGAGCGGAGAGUGGGUGUCGCCGAACCAGGAGAACCGGCAGAUAAAGAAGAAGAAGAAGAAAAAGAAGCGGUCCCCCAAGAGCCUGCUGCUGAACUUUGUGACCAUCGAUGAAUCCAAGCCUGAUGACCCCACCCACGAGCACAUUAACGGCACGUUGGACCUCCCUGUGGAGCUGGAGGAGCAGACCAUGGGGAAGUAUAACUGGGCCACGACGCCCACCACCUUCAAACCUGACAGCCCAGACUUAGCCAAGCAUUACAAGUCUGCGUCCCCCCAGCCCACCUUUCAAAUCAAACCAGAGACACCGGUGGCCCCAAAGAAACACCACGUAAUCCAGGAGCUCCCCUUGGACAACACGUUCGUGGUGGGCUGUGACUCACUCUCCAAGUGCUCCUCGACUAGCUCCGACCCGUACAGUGUCUCAGAGUGCAGCUGUCAGGGGGGAUUCAAGACUGCAGGGCAGAUCACCACUCGACAGAAUCCCAACCAGACGUCGGAGACAGGCUUCAAUUCGUCAUCCCCAAUCUGUCCUCAUAAGGAGGCCUGUCAACUUGGCAAGAUGGCGUCUGUAAAUAUUCAGCGCCGGGUGACGUUCCACCUGCCAGACGGGUCCCAGGAGAGCUGCAGCGACAGCGGGCUGGGGGACCAGGAGCCCAGCAGCACGGCCAGCAGCGCCACCCAGCCGCUGCCCCUGGGCUUCCCCCAGGACCCCUACUACGAGCAGGCCUCCCCCAGCAGCCGCACCGAGGGAGACGGCAACUCAGACCCCGAAUCCACUGUGGAGGUGAACCUGCAGAAGGCCCUGGCGGAGGCGUCUGAGAACUGCACCCAGGAGUGUCUGAUCCUGGGCCACUCCGACAGCUGCUGGAUGCCCCCGGCCCUGGCCCACUUCCAAUCCCCCGGGAACAGCAGCACCAGCCUCGCAUCCACCCCCCCCAGCGCCACCAGCCACUCAACCAGCGCCACCAGUACCCAUACAACCUCCACCGUCGCCGCCAUCAACACCACCCAGGGCACCCAGUCCGGCACCCUGCCCUCCUUCGGCUUCCAGAGCUGGUCCCGGGGGGGCAAGGAUAGCCUGAGCGGCAUGGGGGUGCUGAUGGACGGCCGGCACACGCUGGGCCGCUCGGUGCCCCGCAAGGAGGAGCAGGACAAGGGCCUGGGGGGGGCACGGUUCUACAGCACCCUGGACCGGCACCACAGUAAGAAGGAGGAGCCAGUGAAGGUCAUCCCGCUGGCCAGCUUCUCCUCCUCCGGCCAGCAGCAGCACGGCUGCGGCGGUGGCAGUGGGAACUUCUUGCACGAGCACCAGCUUUAAGCCCCUCCCCUCCUGUGUAUAGUGGGGCGCCCCCCUUACUGCCCCCCCCCUCACUGGGGCCCCCCUCACUUUGGCCCUCCAUACUGGGGCCCCCCUCACUGGCGUCCUCCUCACUGGGGCCCCCCUCACUGGCGUCCUCCUCACAUGGGCCCCCCUCACUUCGGCCCUCCAUACUGGGGCCCCCCUCACUGGCGUCCUCCUCACUGGGGCCCUCCUCACUGAGGCCUCCUCAAUGGGGCCCCCCUCACUGCUCGGGACUCCAGCAGACUGUGAUCAAUGAAGAGUGUCGGCGGAUCAUUUGACUAACUGUUCAGCAUCGUCGGUAAACUGAGAGCGUCUAACACAUCAGAUUUCAGUCGAGAUCAUGUUCAGCAGAUAUAUACAUACACAGUAUGUAUGUAUAUAUAUAUAUAUAUAUGGAAUAAGAAAAAAAAAUUAACUACUGUCGACCUCUCCUCAGGAACGGUCUUCACAUUGCAGAUCUAAGGAUCAUAUAUGGUAGUUCUAUACCAAAGUAUUAUCAUCACGGUAAAAAAAGAGAGAAAUGUUGCUGCCUUUUUCUGACGUCAGAUUUGAUAUUGAUGAAAGGGCACAGUGCGUGACAAGUUCAGCCGAACUGUAUCUUAGAGGACAUUUUAUUGGACGUGAACGGCAUAUUGUGCUAAAAUGGGGCUUAAUGUUGUUGUUUUGGGUGAGUGCUGGUUGCUUUAUCUUUAAGUUCUAGUGAAGUAUCGGCUUGUAGCUUACGACAUGCGGAGCAGCUGCCUGCAUGUUUUGGUAGAGGAUGUCGCUUGUGUUGCGCCCCAAUGUGUUUCACGGGUUUCUAUUUUGGUCAGAGGACUAUAGGAAGAAGGAUAACGGGGAAAGAAGUCUACAGUGCGGAACUAGGCCAACGGAAAGUAGAGCUGGUAAUCUGAGGCAUUCUAUGUUAGGAGUAUGUUUUACAGUCUGUUUGAGAGUUAACCACAGACACACACACACAAACGCACACACACACACUCACGCCUGCAUGCACAAACAUAUGUUGCAACACACGCACAAACACACACACACACACACACACACACACACACAUACACACAAAAAUACACACACGCACAAACACAUAGGCACACGAAGACACGUAUACACACACACAAACACAUUAUAAACACACACAAGAUGUUUCCCUUAUGCUGGUUGUUGAGACUCUGCCGCCUCUAUUAUGAACGUGCUCAUUCCCAGCAUUACCUCAUUAGCUUAGCCUUGAAAGGCGCAGACAGAUGCGCUUCGGAAGCUAACCAUUGGUCUCCUUUUUUAUUCUAUCUCGCACAUUCUCGAUUUGGAAAAUAUCACUGUAUUAGGUGCCAUGGAGCCAAUUACGAAAUUCUUGCGAUGUUGUAAUUACUUUGAUGUGUGAGCCUGGUCGCGUUCGGCAUUGUGUUCAGGGAGGCUGUAGUCGGUUCCAUAGGCAAGAAGCAGCUUCUCUUGGUAAGGAAUGGCUGAAAAAAACUCACAGAAUAGCAGGGGUUCUUAUUCAUAUUGUAUCCACCGAAACCUCCACAUCAUCAUUAAGCAUUCUGAUAACCUUCACAUUAAUUAUAAUUGAGAAUCUGGCUUUUUCAUUUAUUUUUAUUUAUUUAACGUAUUUUCUCUCUCUCUCUCUCUCUCUCUCUCUCUCUCUCUCUCUCUCUCUCUCUCUCUCUCUCUCUCUCUCUCUCUUUACUAAUCAGCUUCUCCAUUUUUGUCAACGCUAGCUGAGCAACAGCGGGUCAUAACGGAGGCGCCUGCAAGAAUUCUUCUUAGGCUCCCUGCUUAUAACUGCAUGUCGAUUAUUUUAAUGCCGCAGUCAUAAUAACAACAGGCAAUGGCGCUAUUUUUUAGGAUCUCUCUGUGGGCUGCUUGACAUCGCUGCAUCACCACCUCUGUAUUCACCAUUUAUGUAUAAUUCAACAAAAUAGCCUUUUUGGUUCAGAUGGGGCGGCCAUGUUAUUUUUCUUUAUAUGGGGCUCAAUGGCUUUGCGGCAACAAUUUCCCAUUUGUAUAAAAUAGGACACACAGUCCUUCUCAAGUUUUAUUGUAGUCCUAGGUGGCUAGCUAGUCUAAUGUUGCAUGGAAUUCAAGUGGACUCCCCCUGUCCCUGCUGACAUGCAUAUGGCUUAUUUUCUGUACGGAUUUUCAUUGCCGAUAUCUAUAAUGCAAAGUGCACGGGGGAAAAUGCAUGCACUCUCUUAGCUGCCCCAUCUCUUAAUGCUAACGCUCUCUAGAUCAGUCAAAGGGGCAUUGUUGUCAAGGACAAGUCAGGGAAGCCAAUUUAAUUUCAUUCAAAGUCAAUUAUGAAAAUUGAAAAAGUAAACUUAAACUCAAAGCAAAAAUAAAAUGUCAUUAUUCAUUGUAAGAUUAUGAAAUACAAAACAUCAUUGGGCGAUUCAUUUUAUUGAAUUGUAUUUCUUACUUUCGCAUUGUUUAUUUUUAUUCAUAAGAGCACGCAUAAAUUCUUGAUGUCUUUUUUCGACUUUAGAUUUCUGACCAAUACAGAAAUACAAAACCAGAUGCUCUGGAUGCGUGUUUCAGAAUUAGUUACAGAAAAGCUUCUCUCUCUCUAUCUCUCUCUCUCUCUUUCUCUCUCUCUCUCUCUCUCUCUCUCUCUCUCUCUCUCUCUCUCUCUCUCUCUCUCUCUCUCUCUCUCUCUCUCUCUCUCUCUCUCUCUCAGUUUUUUUAUUGUCUAUACUGGCAUUUCAACAAAACGAAGAGGUUGCCAUGUAGCUAACAGUAGUUAAGUACUCCCAUGGGUCGAUGUCAGACAUUGUAGGCUUACUCUACGUAAUCUAAAGUAUUCUAAACUACAAAUUCCUCUUAUGUCAAAAUAAAACGUACCUCCAAAUAAAACUUAUUUCGAGAUGUGCUAAAAAAGGAAACUAUGAAAAUGAUAAAAAGAUGUCAUGGCAAACGGAGGCACAUAUUGGCAGUUUGUAGAUGUGUGCGUAUUUAAUAAAUUUUGAUUGAACCGGUUGGGGUUUUAGGGUUAACAUUUUUUUCAUCUUUGUUGAUUGAUAUGAUUCAAUUUCAUUCCAACUUGUAAACAUGCAAUAUGUUAUAAGGUUAUCCGCAUUAGACGGUCCCUACGAUGUGAUCGUGUCUGAAACACUCAAUGGAACGAGAAGAGAAUCAUCGCCAUUUUUGAACGGCAAAAUUCUAUCUACGUUUUAUCAGUUUGCAUGAAUAAGCACCUGUUGUCAUGUCUUCAUUGUUUAUACGGUCCCAUUUAAAUCGAUAUAAAACUAUAGAAAUAAUGACAACUCAAAUGUCCAGACCUCCUGAAGGUUGUUUCUUAAAAAAAAAUUGUUUGGUUUGGUAAUGAACUGAAAAAAUAACUCAACUGUUCCUCAAUCACUGUGUGUCAUGAGGAAAUAGCACCAUGUGGUCUGGACUUCGUUCUCUUUGAGCACUUGAACUCUUGUACUUAAAGAUCAUUACCUUGUUAGAAACUCCCCACACUGCUGGUGUUUAAACGCUUGAAACUCUCUUGUCUUGUCUGUCUUAUUCUAGUCAAAGGGAAAAGCAGAAAUGCAACACAUUGUACACGUUAAUGUUUGUGAAGGGUACGCUUCAAAAAAUGCCUCCACGUACAUGAGAAUAUUCCUCUCCGGAGGUGAUUGAACCUUCAUCUUACACUGUACAUAGCGGCACCUCGAACACCCGGCACAAAACGUCCGGAAAGUAUUCGGAAUGACUGAAGUGAGAGAGGAGUAGCUCCGUCAAAACAAGACAGACAGGAAAGGUUGAGACAAAGAUCUCUGAUGUUGAUGUUAAUGGAUACGUAUGCAUAUUAUUAGGAGAGAGUGUGUGUGUGUGUGUGUGUGUGUGUGUGUGUGUGUGUGUGUGUGUGCGUGCGUGCGUGCGUGCGUGCGUGCGUGCGUGCGUGCGUGCGUGCGUGCGUGCGUGCGUGUGUGUGUACGUGUGCUUCUGUGUGUCUGUUUUUGCUUGGGAUUGCCACUCUUAUUACCUUUAGUGUGGGUGCACAGGUGUAUGUAUACUGGCAUGCACCUUCCCACCCAAAUACUUUCUGUACACACAUGUAUCUUGUACAAAAACAGACUGAUAUAAAACGUGCUAUAUAAGAUGUAAGUAAAUGCCUGUAAAUUAGUCAUCAGUGAGUGUGUGUCAAGGGUUGCUUUGGAGAGGAGCUCGGACUGCUUGCCAGUGAUUCUGUAUCAGUAGGUUAAAGCUAUACAGUAUGUGUUGUCAUGCCUUUGUAAGAUAUCUCAUUCAAAACGCAGAAAAAAAUGACAUUCAAUAUGGUGAAAUGAUUUUUCUUGUUAUUGAAGUUUACUUGAGCCAUUAAAUAUUGA